AAGCGGCGCAAGUUAACAUAAGAAAUGAUGAACUCAGCGUACCGAAGCGUUCACUUGACAGCGUCUCGUCUGAUAAACCCUAACCCCAUCUCCUCUUCCCUUCUCCAUCUUCUCCCUCUCUACUCCAGCACCCACGCUGCUCCUCCUCGCUCCUCUCCUCUCCGCCGUCGAUUCUUAGCAACUCCUUCCUCUUCCUCUUUCUACAUUCCUAUGGCGGCAGGAGAUGACCAGGUCCCUCCACCGGAGUCUCAUUUGCUCGAGAAGCAGUUCGAGAGCUUCCGCGUUCAGCUCGAAGAGUCUGCAGCUUUGAGAGAGCAGAUUCGCGCUGUGGUUAUGGAGAUUGAGUCCGCCACGAGGCUCAUUCAAGCUAACCUCCUUCUCGUUCACCAGUCUCGACCCAUUCCAGAGAUUAUCGAGAAAGCUAAAGAAAAGAUCGAUGAUUUGAAGAAGUUUUACGGUCGGCUUGCUGAGAUCCUUCAGAAGUGUCCUGGACAGUACUAUAGGUACCAUGGGGACUGGAGGAGUGAGACGCAGGCAGUGGUCUCCCAGCUUGCUUUUAUGCACUGGCUAGAAACUGGAACUCUUCUUGUGCAUGCCGAAGCUGAAGCAAAACUUGGGUUGAACAGUUUGGAGUUUGGACUGGAGACAGAAGAUUAUCUGACUGGAAUUUGCUUCAUGUCAAACGAUUUGCCUAGGUACGUGGUGAAUAGAGUAACAGCAGGAGACUAUGACUGCCCGAGAAAGGUGAUGAACUUCUUAACGGAUCUUCAUGCAGCCUUCCGCAUGCUCAACCUCAGGAACGAUUUUCUUCGCAAGAAAUUCGACAGUAUGAAAUAUGACCUAAGGAGAGUGGAAGAAGUAUACUAUGAUGUUAAGAUCCGAGGGUUGAUUUCUGGUGGAGAUCCUCCUCCUCCUAACGUCCAAGCCCAAUCCUCCUAAGUCUUCACUCUUUUACUCUCGUUGCGACUUUCUUUAGAUCUUGAUGUAACGGCAAGGAGUUUAUUUCUGUAAAACCAAAACGGCAUAGAUUGUGUGUCUGGAAAACCAAAACGGCAACGAAUAGACAGAUCCUUUUAGUUUCCUGAAAACGACAAGUGUUUUACCGUA